GCCAAAAAAAUCAAAAUUGUCACAGGGACAGAUGGAGUGGAUGGAUUGCCCCCAAAAUAUAGGUGUGGAGAGCGAUUAUAUGGUGCAAUAGAUAGGCCAAGUAUGGCCAGAAACGAAGCACAGGGAGUGGAGGAGUAUAAUAGGGGUGGAAGUGGUGAUCAGAUAAUGAUAGGGGUCGUAGAAGACAAAGGUAGGAGUUUGUGGAUGAUCAGAUAA